AUGGUGGAUUAUGAGGCGUCUGUGUCGUUCCUGGGAACCUGGGGUCCGUACCAGAGGAAAGUGCUUGUCCUCCUCUGUCUCAUGGCCAUCGCCCCCGGAUUCAGCAUCCUGUCCGUCAUCUACCUGCUGGCCGACCCGCCGCACCACUGCCACGUCCCCGAACACAGCAACCUGAGUCAGGAGUGGAUGCAGGCCAGCAGGCCAGCGCAAGUGGCGGGCCAGUCGGGUAGAAGCAGCUGCAGCCGGUAUGAGCUGGACACACUGAGGAACCUGUCUUCCCUUGGAAUAAAACCCAUCCUGGACCUGAACCAGUCGGACCUGGGACCAGGUCCAGGGAUUGCUGUGUCCACCCUCAGAGAGGAAGGCUGUAUGGACGGAUGGACCUACAGCACUGAGUACUACCAGUCCACUAUAGUCACUGAGUUCAACCUGGUGUGCAGUGACCAGUGGAAACGGCCUCUGACCUCCCUCGUCUUCUUCAUCGGAGGACUUAUCGGAUGCCUGCUCUCUGGACAGAUCUCGGACAGGUUUGGCAGGAAGCCUGCGAUGUUUGGUGGCGUUGCCAUCCUCAGUGUCUUCAGCUGCGCUCUGGCCUUCGCUCCAUCCUGGCCGGUCUCCACUGCGCUGUUCUUCAUUCUUGGCAUGGGUCAAAUCUCCAGCUACAUCGUUAUUUUUGUGCUGGGUUCAGAGCAGCUGGUCGGAGAGACCAGAAUCCUCUUCUCCUGCAUAUGUUUGCCUUGUUCCUAUGUGUUUGGCUCUCUGCUGCUGAGCGGCGCUGCCUACCUGGUCCAGACCUGGAGGUACCUGUCUCUGAUCAUGGCUGCCCCCGGCCUGGCCUGUGCCCCCCUCUGGUGGCUGGUUCCAGAGUCUCCCCGCUGGCUCGUGUCUCGGGGUCGUCUGCAGGAAGCAGAGGUCAUCCUGAGGUCAGCGGCUCAGGAGAGCCGAGUGGACGCCCCGCCGGUUAUCUUUGUCUCCAGUGCUGAAAAAGUUCCAUCCCAGAAGUCAGAGUCGUUCAGCUUCCUGGAUCUGCUGAAGACCACAAACAUCCGAAACAUAUCAGUCAUCCUGUGGAUCAUGUGGUUUUCUGUCAACGUCACCUACUUCGGAAUGACCUUCAACUCCUCCAGUCUGUCUGGGAACCCCUACCUCAACUACGGCCUGAUGACGGCCGUGGAGAUCCCGGCGUACGUCGCCAGCUGGCUGGCAGCUCGCAGACUUCCUCGCCGUCUGUCCUUCAUAAUCUCGGGCCUGCUGGCGUCUCUAGCAUUGCUCCUCAUCCAGGUCACUUUCCACAGCCAACCGGCUGUCACCCUGUCCCUGGUGCUUAUGGGAAAAUUUGGCAUCGUUAUCGGCGGCGGGAUUUUGUAUGUGUUCACUGGAGAGCUGUCCCCCACAGUCAUCAGGAACACAGCCAUGUCGUCCUGCGCCAUAUUUGCCCGAGUGGGCUCUGCUCUUUCCCCGUACCUGCUGCAGCUGGCCGUGUUUAACCAGUUCCUGCCCUGGAUCAUUGUGGGCGGCCUGUCGCUGCUCAGCGUUGGGCUCUGCUUCUUCCUGCCGGAGACCUUCAGACAGGCGCUGCCGGACGCCAUCCAGCAGGUCCCACAGGCAAAGUUCAGUUGGUCGUGUUUCUCCAAAUACUCUCCCAAAGAAGACAAGAUAGCAGCUAAAAACCAGUCGACUCCACCUGACAUCAUCUGCAUAACUCACUUAUAA